CUAGCCAGCGAUCAGGUUGGGAGCUGGUUUCUUUUCCAGCUUGCCCAGGCUUGGUUCCAGCAGCCCUGCUGCUUCUUCCGGCCCUGGGUGCUCGCCUUUCCUCUUCUCUUAGCAACCGGGAGUCUGUGGACGCCACCAAGCAGCAACUGGGAGGCUGCAGGGAGCGCGGGCGGGCAGGCAAGGAAGGGAGGCACCCAGCCCAGGUGCUCUGAGCCCCACCGCUGCAGAGCAAAGCCACCGCUAGCCGCAUCUGCGCCUGCAGCGGGGUCCAAAAGGGAUUCAGCAAAAAUGAGCCAUUCUCACCCCGCUGGAUUACUUGCCACCUAUAAUAGCCUCACAGACAAACACCUGGCUGGGUAUUUCAGCAACACCAGGAUCAGGCGGCACCUCCUAAGAUCCGGGCUGAUCACGAGAAGUGGGAGGAUACUUUCUGAAAAGGAGCAGAAAGCAAACACCAUGAAGCGGGAUCAUCAGAAACACAUCCGGGAGUGCUUAGCCCAAGCCAUCUUCCACAAGGUCCUCGACAUGGAGCGCUACCACCAGCUUGAAGUAAAACGGAAACUGGAUACCUUAGUCAGGAAGGAGCGGAUUCAGAGGGUGAAGGGGGAGCAUACAAGACGUUUUAUUGAAGAUAACAUGCCCAUUCUGACACCCCACCCCCCAGCUGGCCCAAAGACUAACCGUGGCUGUAGCGUUCUGGCUGAGGAAGGACGUUCUAGUCCAUUAACACUGACAGCCCCUCGACCAUAUACUGCCCCAGGAAAUAUGGAGCCUCCGAUUCGAUUGCAGCCUCUUCUCAGUAAUCACACAACGAGAAAUGUUUCAAAGAUAACUCCAGAGUCCAAACCCAAAAUCUCAUUGCUGGAAAGUGAAACUCCGUUUCCUAUUGGGGGCAAGAAGGCGAUGAUGAAGUUCAGGAACUCCAUGGACAAUUCCCAGAGACUGGAUGCCUACCAACUUCCAGACAUUAACAUUUACCAGAUACCUGUCCCCCCGACACCCCAGCCCCAAGCAGGAAAGAUCUUCAGGGAGAACAGGUUCGAGCCUUGGAGGCGGAAGAGGCUGCGUCCCAUCACCGCUCCCAAUGGCUUAGAGCCCCUCUGCACCAGGGACCCAGGGAGGAUUUACAAAGCAGCACCACACAGCAAUGCAGUUAUCACAAUGAUCUAUUUUGGGAAAAGUGUGCACCUGUCUUACGAGGACACAGACUUUCGAGAUGAAAUCAAGAUUUACCAGCAGCACUGUGGAGGAGAGAACCUUUGUAUCUACAAAGGCAAACUGCUUGAGAAAGACACCUUCCAGUUUAUCUCCAAGCGACACCAUGGCUUCCCCUUCAGCCUCACCUUCUUCUUGAAUGGGAUCCAGGUGAACAGGCUGAGCUCCUGCUGUGAGUUCAAACACCGCAGGAGCUCGAGGCUCGGAGGCAAGCGAGGCUACUUCGGGUUUGUGAGUGUGGAGAAGGCAUCUCCCUGCUACAGAUGCAUUAUUGCCAUGGGCCUUGACAGAAAACCAUCUCCAACAAAACCUAGGAAGGAAAAGAAUGCUGAGAAGAAGGAGGAGCCGCUGAAGAGGAGUCAGGGGAAACUGAAGAAGGACAGAGAGAAUGCACCAUCGAGAAGGAACGAGAUGGAAGGAAAAGAAACCUCAGUCUCAGCCACUUUUUCAGCUGAGGAGCUAAAAUCAGGGGUUGGAGAAGUGAGGACAGCUAUGGAGGAGAUGGAAUGGAAGGGCAAGUCAGGACAAGACGUGUGGGAAGAGGACCAGGAAGACACCUUUACAUACGACUACGAAGAAGAUUUCGAAGUGGAUGAGGAAAAGCGAGAUGAGAGAGCUGAGGAUGAGGGUCAGGCUGAAGAUCAGACAAGCGUAACAUCCAAGUCGCCCGCGGAAGGAGAAAAAGAUAAUUUCAGCCUCGAAAAGGAGAUUGAAGUCUCUUCAGAGAAGGCACCCGAUGCUCGUGCCAGUGAGAACGGCAAGGAUGACGGGUGCUCGGACAGCGAAGAGGAGGAUAAACAAGAUAUUAAGACCGUUUCUUCGAACUCGUCUAGAAGUCACCCCUACUCCAGUGACAGCGAAGAUGAAUCUGCAGAGCCGUGUCCAGAGGUUCAUUCCGGAAACAGUGCAGGGGGAAGUUCCAGAAGUUCCUCUUCUCAGGACCUACAUGAAAGUGACGAUCAAGGAAAAUACCACGCCCCAGUCGAGGAGUCCUUGGAAACUGAGAUCGAGGAGCAAGGAAUCGCUAAAGUAGAAGAGGUUCACGGACCUCUGCUGACAGAGGUUAGUUGUUUGCCUGCUACUGAGGAAGAACCAGUGGAGGAAACCGAAGAGAUUACAGAACCCAAGACGUCUGGGCAGUCUGCUUCCCCAGAGGCAAAGGUUAGAAGUCAGCUCCAGGAAGGAGGCACCUCCGUGAUGGAGGACAGAAAAGCCGGCCUCCCUGGGCUGGAAGAAGAGGUUGGACAGAAAACAGGUGAAGCCCAAGCACCUGGCCACUUCUGCUCCCACAUUGCAGCUGGACUUAGCAGCCCAAGGGAUGAGGUGACACCCACGAGGGAACUGGAGGUCAACCUGAGCAGAGAUGGAAAUUCAGUGGUGGAGGAAAGCGCAGCCAUCAGCUCACAUGAGCGACCUGAGCAAGUUGCACCGGAGGCACGCGCACCAGGGAAGGGAUCAGCCUUGCAGGAAGAUGAACGUGCCCAGCCUGCGGAUGCUGACGCAGAUGCUCAACUGAGGAAGAAAGCAGAAACCGAGGAAGCUGAAGCCCACCAUACCCCGGAUGCUGACGUGGGUGUUGGGCUGAGGGAAAAAGCGGGGAUUGCAGAGGUCUCCUUGGGGGAGAGGAGCCCCAGAGAAGAGCAGCCAGUGUUAGCAGAGCAGUCUUCAAAGAAAGGAGAGCACCCUCUGAGCAUGGCUACUGAGGCUGAGGCAGAGGCAGGCGCAGAAAGACAUAGCAGGCAUGAUGGGAAACAGUUCACAGUCACAGGAAAACUAGCAGUGGUCGACUCAGUGUAUCUAAGUGGAGACCAAGCUCUGGAUGGUCAGAGGGAUGUGGACUCUGACAGGCAGACAGUGGUGGAGAAAGGAAAAGCAGUUUCUGAAAGUGAGCAGAUAUUGGAAAAGGCAGCGCUCACAGAGAACUCAUUGCUCAGCUCAGAGAUCCUUGGGGAUUCAGCAAUUCCAAAAGAAGCAGAGACUCCUGAAAUGGAGGUGGGCUCCUCAAGACCAGAUGGGGACCAAGGCACAGAGGGAGCCCUUAGAGAGCUAGAGGACAUGGAGUCCGUGGCGGACACAGCACCAGAGGGAGAGGAUGGUUUUGAAGAGGCAAUACUUGGAAGAGAGAAUGCUGCUACAGGGAGGAAGGGAGUUCUAGAAGCAGAAGCACCCUUGAGUUCCUCAGCAGGAGAGGCAAGCUCCACGGAGGUUGUCCAGGGCAACCCUGAGGAACUCUGUCAAGAAGACACAGCAAGGGAGGGAGUUACAGUUGGCGCAGAAUCUACCCUGGAACAGGAUCCCAGAGCGGUGCUCCCUGGGGAAUCUGCUGCAGCUGGAGAAGGGAAGAAAAUUGAGAGGCCCUCCACACCUGUGAGGGAAACUGGAUCUGAAAGAGAAGCAGAGACAGGGGCCAAGGUGUUGAUGAUGGCAGAGAUGUUAGAAGAGCAAAAAGUUAAAGGGGAAGAGAAGGGCACAGACAAGGGAGAGAGAUAUGGGGAGGAGGAGGAGGGCACAGAGACAACGGAAACCAGGUCUGGGGAAGAGGCCCAUGCAUCCCCCAACAAGAUCGAGCCUGAUACUAAGGACAUAGAUCCCACAGGGACAACUGAGUUGAGUAAGGACCCAAAGCUUCUAGAAGAUUCACCCAAAGAAAGAACCAUCACCUUGUAUGAAGCAAGACUUCAAUUUGGGGAGUCACUAGACGAGAAUGAAGCCACAGUCACAGAGCACAAAGAAGGAGAAGAGGCCCCAGGCCAGGAGAGUGAGGCUCCAUUGCAGCAGAGGAAGCCACUAAGCCAUCAUGGAAAGGGCUUGCUAGGAGACCCUGGACCUGAGCCAGCAGGCAGAACUCUGGCACCUGAGAGUAUUUUCACAGUUGGAGGUCAAGAGGUGGCUUCCAAGGAGGUAGGCAGCCUUGAAGGACCAGAGAGACCGGAUGAAGAAGGGUCUUUGCAAGUGCAAAGAGGGGACAUCGUGAUGGCACACGGAGAGCUUCCAGAGGAAAGACUCCCCAUAGGAGAGGUGUCCGGUAAAGAGAGUGAGGGUGAGAAGCCGGAGGAAGAGGGAUCUGCGGAUAAGGAGCACCCUCCAGGGACGUUGACUGGCAGCCUGGCAGGGCAGGACACAGUCAAAGAUGAGGAGGAUCCAUGUGGAGGAGGUGUUGAAGAAAUAGCUUCAGAGCAGACAGAAGUGUUAGCAGCGUCAGUGUCAAAUUAUGGGGACAGUGUGGACUCCUCCUCCUCUGCAGUUGUCCAGAAGGAAGCUGGGAACAGAGCAGGUGAAGCUUCAGGAGAAACAGCAGCUGAGGAAAGGGUGACGACUGAGGACAUGACACGCAGGACAGAGAAGGUGGCAGUGGAAAAGGAAGUGACAUCAACAGGGGCUGCAGAGAUCACACAGGAACUGUAGGCUCCUGAAGUGCAGGACACGGAGGGAGAGGAAGGGAAGGCCUCUCAGCGUGACUGGGGAGGAGGCAGGAACGAGGGAUGUCAGGGAGGAGCAGCUAAAGAGUUCAGAGGACCAGUGCCUCGAAGAGAGACAGAACUCACCAGUGUCUAGGGUAGCACUUCCCAGGAAGCUGGAGUUUCCUAGAACCCUGUGGGAAAAAACUGGAGAAACUGCACAGAGAAAGCGAGCGUGCAGAUGCUCCCUGGAGCACAGCGGAGUCUACUGCGCUCCUUACUUGCAGCCUUCAGUUGCAGCUGCUCAUCCUCACGCUGGCCUGAAGGGCCAAGUGGACAGGGGAGGACUAGAGCUCACAGAGGAGGCUGCUCGGCUCUCUAUGUGGCUGUUAUUCUUAGGGUAUCCUUGAAAAUGGGGUUCCCUGAAGUGAGAUCUGUGUGUCUCACAAGGCUCAAGGAUAAAAUACACAAUACACAGAGAAGUCGGACAUGGAGGAGCUGCGGGAAAGGGAAGAAUAUGAGCGAAAUAUAUUGUAUACUAAAUUAAAAAGAUGUACAGAGAAGAAUGUGCCCCCAGCUACAAAGCCCAGAAAUAAAGGAUUAAACUCA